AGAAAAAUGGCAUCCGAUUGGGAUACUUCUAGAGAGUAGGUCACACUGUACUGUUACUGUAGACAGCACAGCGAUGGGUACGGACAGCAAUACAAAGGAUUGUAAUGGACCAAUGGCCGACCAGGUACAUUUCAACGUAGGCGGGACGAAAUUCUCAACUACCUGGGCCACACUACAAAGACUCCCCAGUUCGAAACUUGGCCGGCUACACGAAAGAAUCAAUGAGAUAAAAGGAGAGCACACGGAGUUCUUCUUUGACAGAAAUCCAGCUGUAUUCGGAUGUAUCCUGGAUUUCUACAGAAAUGGUGUCCUGCAUCUCCCGGAAACUGUUUGUGGACGUCAGAUUCGUGAGGAGUUACAAUUUUGGGAUAUAUCAGCUGGCCUCGUUUCCAGUUGUUGUUGGCGGGUUCUGUACAAAGAUGACGGCGUGGAGAAGACGAUGAGAUUACUGGACAUGGAGCUUCCAGUUUUCCCUAAUGGUAUGCAGAUGCUUCAAAAGGCCGAGAAGGUGACGUCCACGAUCUGGAACCUCCUGGAAUAUCCCUCCUCUUCACUGAUGGCCAAGAAUUGCAUUUUAAAUGGUGUCCUGCAUCUCCCGGAAACUGUUUGUGGACGUCAGAUUCGUGAGGAGUUACAAUUUUGGGAUAUAUCAGCUGGCCUCGUUUCCAGUUGUUGUUGGCGGGUUCUGUACAAAGAUGACGGCGUGGAGAAGACGAUGAGAUUACUGGACAUGGAGCUUCCAGUUUUCCCUAAUGGUAUGCAGAUGCUUCAAAAGGCCGAGAAGGUGACGUCCACGAUCUGGAACCUCCUGGAAUAUCCCUCCUCUUCACUGAUGGCCAAGGGGUAUAUGCUGUUCUACUUCCUCGUCGUCGUCGCCUCGGUGAUUCCUGACUUGUUGGACCACGGAACGUUUCACGUUUUGGACUUGGCGAAUGUAGUCUUCCUCCUGGAUGUGUUGACACGCUUCAUCAUGUCCCCAUAUAAAGCAAGAUUCUUCCUCAGCGUCAUCAAUGUUCUGGACAUCCUCGCUCUACUGGCCUGUGCCGUUACCCUGAUAAUUAGCCUUGUCGGUUUGUUGUUGGGGAGAACACUACACACCCCUAGUUUGCUCCAGAUACUCGGAUUUCUUCGAAUGUUGAAGUACAUCCGGUUCUAUCGCGUCUUGAAGGCCAAUCGCUCGCUUGCACUUCUUCUGCUGGCAAUGUUUAAAAGUAAGCGGACAAUUUUUAUGUAUGUUGCGAUCAUGAUCAUCAACUGUGUGCUAAUUGGAAUCCUUUUCUUCUGGUUCGAAAGAUUACAGCGACAGCAAACUAUGGGCGAAUCCAUCCACUGGGCAUUUAUCACUAUGACAACCAUUGGCUAUGGCGAUAUUAUCCCGCUCACCACAGGAGGUAGGGUCCUAUCCGUCCUCUGUGGAAUCAGUGGGUUGAUCCUAUUGGCUCUGCCCAUUUCAGCCAUUUACCAUAACUUCAGCACCCUCUACUCGCAUAACCGUGACAGAGAACGCCACGUGACUGACCUUGACCGAUGCCGCCCGACUGUAAUGCCGUUUAACCAGCCAGCACAAAUUAUGUGAUCUAGGAAUUGGAAAAAAAUGAAGGUGUUCGUGAACGGCAAAAUACAUGAAAUGACGGUUUCCUGGUGAUACUGGUGAAGGGGUUUGAACAGUAUUUUAUUAUAUGCCGUACUUAAGUAUGUAAUAUAUUCCUCACCUCGUUAUAUCAGCACACUGAGUUAAGGUAACGCCUACCUCUGCAUCAGUUAAAAUCUGUAAGACGUGUAACGUAAAGCUCGCUAGUUCGACAGCUUAUUUUUGGUUUGCCAUUCAAAUUUCAAAAAAUAAAAAAACUGUAAAAUGCAAAUACAUAUAUAAAUGGGCUUAAACAAAUGAAAGCGGAAAUAAUGUAGCUUACUUGUUGGUAUUUUAAUGUUGUACAGGGAUUUAGUCUGGAUUUGUUUUCAAAAUUUAAGGAAAGUAUGAAUUAACUUAUACACGAGCAUUAGAAAAAACAUUGAAGUUACACGUUAUUUAUUGGUUAACUAGUUAACUACCUGAUUAUGCGUUAAUUCUGUGCUAAAUAACCUUUUGUGGUCACUUUAAAACACGUCAUUACUAGCGACAUUGUUCAGACCCAAGAACUAUAAAUAAACAAGAGGCCCCCAGGAGACCGGGGCCAUUGAAAUGAACAACUUUAAAAUGCCAUGUACAAGAGCAUCUAAACACCGAAGUUGGAUGAAGUCGGGUUGUCGGUUUUAAAGAAAGGGUAACUUACAGUGGCGCAGCAAAUAGCUUUCCGGGGUGUAUGCUUACAUAGCUGGACAAAAAAAUCUAUUAGUUCCUAGAAACAAUCUCCCGUGUUCUUGGAACUCCUUUAAGUCGGAUUAUUAAGUUCAAGUUUUACAUCCGCUGGACUAAAAUUUUCAUUUUUUUUUUUUAUUUCUUUCCCUUUUUUAUGAUCGAUACGGACGGUUAUAUUAAUGAUAAAAAAUAAAAAAUAAAAAUUAUGAUUGAAAAAAAUCUUCUUAAAUUUUUAGUGUAUGGUUAGGCAUACAUGUAUGCUAUGCCAUUGACUUACUAGUAUGUGAAACGUUUAAAAACGACGGACGACGACGAAUGAUAUUUUUUUAUUAUAGGUCAAGAGGAUCUUAAAUGUACAUCUAUAAAGUUGUAAUUUUGUAGGCGCAUUACAUUGUUAUUGCAAUGCACCCAUAUAAUCAAAUCAUCGUGUUACCAUUGCUUCUUACACCUUCCAAAGUUCUGUAAAUGAUGGGGGUACUUCGUCUUACACCUUCCAAAGCCCUGUAAAUGAUAGGGGUACUUCGUCUUACACCUUCCAAAGCUCUGAUAAUGAUAGUGGUACUUCGUCUUACACCUUCCAAAGCUCUGUAAAUGAUAGGGGUACUUCGUCUUACACCUUCCAAAACUCUGUAAAUGAUGGGUGUACUUUGUCUUACACCUUCCAAAGCUCUGUAAAUGAUGGGGGUACUUCGUCUUACACUUUCCAAAGCUCUGUAAAUGAUGGGUGUACUUUGUCUUACACCUUCCAAAGCUCUGUAAAUGAUGGGGGUACUUCGUCUUACACCUUCCAAAGUUCUGUAAAUGAUGGGGGUACUUCGUCUUACACCUUCCAAAGCUCUGUAAAUGAUAGUGGUACUUCGUCUUACACCUUCCAAAGCUCUGUAAAUGAUGGCGGUACUUCGUCUUACACCUUCCAAAGCUCUGUAAAUGAUAGUGGUACUUCGUCUUACACCUUCCAAAGCUCUGUAAAUGAUGGGUGUACUUUGUCUUACACCUUCCAAAGCUCUGUAAAUGAUGGGGGUACUUCGUCUUACACUUUCCAAAGCUCUGUAAAUGAUGGGGGUACUUCGUCUUACACCUUCCAAAGCUCUGUAAAUGAUGGGGGUACUUCGUCAUCACUAUCUCUCGGUGGUCUACUGUCAAAUGCAGGGCAAGUUGAUGAUAUUAAACAUAACAAAAAAUAAUUCUGUAAAUCCAUUUGUACCUCUUGCAUAUCAGUAAAGUUUUGCAGCCCAUAUGUAUUUGAAUAUGGACCUCGACAAGAUACCCGGAUAUAGUUGUACAGGUACAAUUUCAGGGUUACAGUAUGUAGACAUAUAUAUCGAGUGGUCGGGAGGCGCAAUGAAUAGCGCAUUCGCCUUUCACCAAGACGGCCGGGGUUCGAUUCUUUGAUGGGACAUGAAUAGGUUUUUGGGUCAAGUACCCGAUCACGUGGGUUUUCUCCAGGGACUCUGGUUUCCUUCCACAUGAAAACCCCAUGUGCACUGUCUUCUGGGCCAACAAGAGUGAAUAAUAAAAGUAGGAAAACCUGUUGUAAAAUAUAUUAAGUUGGUGUAACCUCAUUAUAAUUCUGUGGUACGUUGGAGAACUUUCAUUAUAUAUAAGUAACUCAAUUACAGGAAACCUGACAUGUUAUUUCUUCAACACAGAGGACACUAUAUAUACAAUCUAUAAAUUACAGACAUAUAUAUAAAUCUUCAACACAGAGGACACUAUAUAUAUACAAUCUAUAAAUUACAUAUAUAUAAAUAGUAUUUAAUAUAAAUUAAUCAGUAGUAUACGAUGGUAUAGGAAAUUUGUUGGUGUCAGAUUUCAUUACUUAUUCUCAAAUGAAAUUCUUACUAGUAUCUAUUUAUUUAUAUCUUGCAUUCGUUUUCAAAAUGUUCACUAACUGUUCUCGUAGCAUUGCCAAAAAUGUAACUGCAUAGGAAAAUGUUCACUAACGGUUCUCGUAGCAUUGCCAAAAAUGUAACUACGCAUAGGAAACUGUUCCGGCAUGACUUAAGCUUUAGUAAAUUAUUUCUAAAAAGAAAGUUGUAUAUACCUUGAUUGUCAUUUAGGAAAAAAUAAUAAUAAAGACGAAAUAAACAAAAUAUAAUAAACAACAGUGUUCUGGGAGUAUAAAUCUGCAAGAUUAGACUGGGAUUCGAACUCUGGACUUCAGAUUGCUAUACAACCUAGUAAACGGAAGUGUCCUUGCCCAGCUGUGCUCGUUAUAUCCGAAACAAAAUUAAUGGGAUUACCGCAUAUACGAAUUACCUCAGUGCAGUGGGCCAGGGAUCCUUAAACGACAAAUGCCUUUUGUAAUUCUUUUUAAAAAGCAAUGAUUAUUGAUGUAUUGUAGCAAUCAUACAGAUAUUGUAAACAAUGUAUAUAAAUAUGCCUUAAUCAAUAAAAUAUGAUGUGGAACAUUUUUGGUGUCAGAUUUCAUUACUUAUUUUUAAAAUAUUGUAUCGUUGAUUGUUUCCAUAUGUUAUCAUUAUAUUAUCUUUAGAUUUUCUUUUUUGUAAUAAAGAGAAUCAUU